AUGGCACCAGAGCCACAUGCCUACAUAAAGAAACACCUAUUGAGUACGAGGUCCCUUCCAGUUUCUGAAGUAUGGCUCUCAGAGCUGCUUUCUACCCAGCGACCUGGAAUCACGCCUCUCCCAGCUCUAACUCAAACAGCGUUGUUCCGACUACUUGCCUCCGACUUUACGAGAUCACUUGAGAUACCAGUAUCGAACGCGAGGCACGUACUGCCUACAGAUAUCUCUAACGCCAGCAUCAAAGAAAGGCGUAUAUCUGGCCCUGUUCCUGUCCAAAUUCUUGACAUAGAAGACAUAGGAAGCAGUGUAUGGAGCCAGGUGGAAGCCAUUGAGAGGAUUGAGAGAGGUGAAUCAAUUAGGGGUAGAGAAGUUAUUAGAACGGUGCCACAGGCCGUCCAGGCUGAAGAAGGAAACAGCCCCAUCAACACUACAGGCGAAAGCGCAAGGCAAUUGGCUCCCUCUGCUAGUUCUGGGCAGGAUUCAAAAUUAGGGGGGCCGCAUCGCCUCAUACUUCAGGACUGCAGAGGCACUAAGGUGGUAGCCAUAGAGUUGAAGCCUCUACGUGCAAUAAAGUUAGGGGAAACGGCAAUUGGAACGAAGCUACUGAUCACUAAUGCUAUUGUCGCUCGUGGAACGGCCCUGUUGGACCCAGAGUGUGUCACCGUCCUUGGAGGUAAAAUUGAAGGGUUAGACCGUCAAUGGAAAACUGGCCGGAAAGCUAGACUUCUAUCAGCAUUGAACCCCCCUGAAACUAUCAGUUGA